AUGCUCUGUAUGGGUGGUGGCGGCAGUGGCAGUGAGGGUGGCCGUUACGAUCGGGAAGGCGAGGCGGGUGAUGGUGACGCCGACUCAGGUCAGUACUGGGAUGGAGAUGGCGACAAAGGUGACGAUGGCGAGGAGUAUGGGCACCAAGCACCCCAUGACCCGGGCCCGUCCUUCCACCACAGAGAGGAAAGCACAACAUCCACCGAGGCUACCACAAGCUCCACGUUGCCCCAAACAUCGGAGAAGAAAACCCUGCCCAGCACCUCUACAGCCAGCUCAGAGAGUUCAACUCACAAGAGUGCCCUGCGUCACACUCCCAGCCACCGAAUCGCCACAACCACGCCCCGGCCCGUCCCCGUCCGACAUGAGAACAGCUGGAAGUCACAUAAACACGCUGGAAGCACCGGCGGUGGCUCUUACGGCGGCCAAGUCGACUACGAAGUCUCCGAUCCUUGGUCUCCCUCCGAGUGGAGCUCGGACUUCGACUCGCAAAAGGAAGACAUGUUAGAGCUCCUGAAGUGGCAGCAAGUCAAGGCUUGCCCCGCGCAGGUCGUGAAUCGCGACAUUCCACAGGGACAGAAUGUGAGAAUCAUCCAAGAUGUGCCAACUGCAGGUCACUGCCAACGGAUGUGCACGGAAAGCGACUGUGAUGCUUCUGUUUGGGGCGCAGUCCGCGACGUCGAAGGCCUGUCGGACGUCUGCUUCCUGAAGAAAGUCUCUGGAGCUCCAGACAUGAUGGAGAAGCAGGGCGUCAUCGCCGCGUUGCCCUGCUGUCGACCUGGGCAGGAAGGACAAAGCUGUCCGACGCACAUGCUGCAGACCGAUGCCGUGACAGAGAAUGCAUUCGCUCCCAUGGAAGGCAUCACAUCGGCCAAUGCGUGCCAGGAGAAGUGCGCAAACACCCAGGGUUGUGCUGUCUUCUCGUGGGGCGCCGCGCGGAAUGUGCCUGGGCUCUCAGAUGUAUGCUUCAUGAAGAAGCUGAACCCGAACGAGGAAAUCAAGUUGGUCAGCAAGAAGGAGACGAUCGCAGGCCUUCCCUGUGGCUGCCGAACACCUGCAAGCCAAGCCUUGUGGCCCCCAGACGAGGCGCACAUCUUCCGGAUGUCAAAGCCUCCGAGUCCCAGCCCAGCCAGUCCUGGGAGCUGCUUCUGCACAGCUCUGAUGCGAGCGUACUCUUACGAAAUGGGCUUGAUGACCCAGCAGUACAAUCAGAAGUUGGGAAUUUUCGCGUGCACGGGCUUUGCUGUCUACAGCAACCAAGAGAUGGUCCUUACGGAAGGACUGGUUACAAAAAAGGUCUACACAUCGCAGAUGUGCGAGACCGGCGGGGAGUUCAAGACGGCGCUGAACCUGAGGAUUUUCGCUGCCUAUUGGAAGCAACUCUUCGUGGAUGGGGAUUUUCUCAACUACAACUAUGUCAUCAAGGCAGAUGCCGACACCGUCUUUCUCUUCAAUCGGCUUCAGCCCCUGCUUGCCAAGUACGACGACAGAGCUUCCGGUUAUGAUGGCAAGGGGGUUUACUUCAACAACUGCAAGUACGGGAUGCACGGUCCGCUCGAGGUUUUCUCUCAAAAUGCGGUUCUUGCUCUUUGGGGCCUGUUUGAGACCUGCUACUACUACUUCCUUGAUUUGUGCAGUGGCGAUUGCAAUUGGGGAGAAGAUCUUUGGUGCGAUCAGUGCCUCAAGAGGAAGGCAAACAGAACCAUCGACCGGGUGAACCUCUAUGACCUUCUUCAAGAGCGCCACUGCGAUCCACCGAAAGAUUGGGACUCUUGCACAGCGUGGGGCUUUCUAAAAGGAAGGCAUGGCCUUUUCUGGGCCGGUUCCUCUACGCCGGUCUCCGGCCUGUGCUGCACGGAAUCCUUGCCCUCGGCGUUGGACCUCCUCAGCCUGGAACCUCCGCUGCUCUCGAGGGCAUCCUGCCGACUAGGCUUCCCGGCCUCGCCUUUUGGUCUGGCGCGGCUCGGAGCCUUCUCGUCGGCCUCGGACUUUGUGCAUGCAGGGCCACUGCUGGUGCUGCGGGCCUUCGGCCAUCUUGAUUUUCUACUGCCGGCCUACGGCAUGUCAGUAUCCCAGACCAUCCCAGGGAGUCCCGUGUGCCUGGAGCUGCCUCCAUUGGUCUACGGCAUCGCCCGCUCAGGCGUGGCGCUACCCGUGUUCGGGUUCUCGCAGUCGGGCCCGUUCCUGCCAGUCCUCGACCUCGUCCACUUGGGGCAGCUGCUGCCGCUUUUGCGAUCGCCUGGCUGCUCCGAUCCGUUGCUCUUCGCCUAUGGCUUGUCCAAGCUUGGGCUGCUAUUGCUUGUUAUCGACUCUUUGUCUGUGGGCUUGCUGUUGCUUCUCCGAAGCUUCAUGCAGCUCGGCCUCACCUCGCCGGUGUUCGGCAUGUCAAAGCCUGGCUUCAGCACAACGGCCUUGGACUUCACCCACCUGGCCUUCACGCCUCCGCUUCGAGGCCUUGCUUGCUUGGGCUUUGCGCUUUUAGCCUAUGGCCUGGCCUGGUCGGGGCUCUCGCCGUCUGUGCUAGAUUACAUCAGCACCGCUUCCUCGUCGUUCUUGCAGACGCCUGCACAUUCAGGCUUGCCAGUGUUUGCUUGGGGCACCGCCUGCUUGGAGUCCUCAAUCUUAGCCUCAGACCCCGCCAACAUGGGUUUGUCUCCGGUGCCACAUGGCCUUGCAUGUUUGGGGUCAUUCUCAGCAGUCUGUGGAUUCACAUGUCUGGAGCCUUUGCUCCUGGUGUCGGAUUUCAUGGCACUCGGCCUGCCGCCCCCUCUCCAUGGUCUUAUGUGGCUUGAAUCCUCCGUGCCGUCAUAUGGGGUCAGUCGCACAGAGCUCUCUCUUCUGACACCUGACUCGGUCACCCUCGGCAGCUCGUUUUCCUUGAGGUCCUCUGCAUGCGCGGGAACGUCGCUCACAACUUCCGGCCUGCUGCGACUGGGGCCACCUCUCUCGGCCCUGGACUCCGCGCAGACGGGCUCCCCGCUUCCCGCGCGUACCUUCGUCUGUUUUGGCUUUCUCAUGCCUGUGUCUGGAGUAAGCAGGAUCGAAGACUUUCUGUCAGUGUUGGAUUACGUGUGCCUCAGCCUUUCGCCUCCACCUCGAAGCUGCGCACGCCUCGGUUUCCUGCCUCUGCCUUUCAGCGUGGCCUGGUUGGGCCUUUUGAUGUUUGUCUUGGAUCCCAUCCAGAUGGACUUCCUGUUGCCUUUGCGAACACUUGCGUGUUCAGGCCUUAGCAUGCCGGUCUUCGGCUUGAGCCGUCCGGAAAGCUUCGUGUCCAUCCCGGAUUAUGUGAGCAUCGGGUCACCAACGCCGCUCAGGAACUUUCUUCAUAUGGAGGUCUUGCUGUUUCCAUACGGGCUUUCGCAGCUUGGUCUGUCCCUUCCUGCACUGGACUCCGUACAUCCCGGACUUAUGGUAGUUCUGAAGACACCUCUUCGUCCCGGCUUCUUUUCAUCUCUGUACGGCUUGUCCUGCCCGGGGCUCUCCCUGCUACCGCCUGACUUCUCAAGCCUUGAGCCCAUGCCUCUGGCACGAAGCCUUUUGCAGCUGGGCCUUUCGACCUCAGUCUUUGGCAUGAGCCGCCUCGGAGCAAUGCCUCCUGCUCCGGAUUCCAUUGCUGUGGGUUCGGUGCCUUUCUUGCGAAGCUGCGUCCGACCCGAUCCCUUGAUGCCCGUUUACGGACUGGCAUGGCUAGGCUUUUUCAUUUUGGCCCCAGACCCUGCAAGCACCGGCUCCUCUUCGCUCUUGCGCAGCUUCUUUCGGGUUGACCUGAUGAUGCCUGCAUAUGGCCUAGCAACCUUGGAAGCCUCGUUUCUGAUUCUGGAUCCCGUGUCUACCGAUCCGUCGCUUUUGCUGCAAGCAUCCCUCCAACUUGGCUUCUCUGCACCCGUCUACGGCUUCUCGGCAUCGGGACCUUCUCUGUCAGUGCCCGACUUCCUCAGCCUCGAUGCGCCCUUGUCCCCGAGGUCUCUCUGCUGCCCUGGCCUCAGCCCGCUAGUCUCCGGUGUCAACUAUCCAGGCCUGUUGAUGCCCGCGUCGGACUCCGUGCACGUCGGCUCACCCACGGCCCUUCAUAGCUCCAUGCACUUGGGGCUCUUGACACUGGUCUAUGGCGUGGCUUCCUUUGGUUUCUCCAAAUCGGACUCCUUUCUGCCUGCCCUUGACUUUGUGCAUUUUGGCUUGCUAUUGCUUUUGAGGCUAGGUCUGUCGAUCUCCGCCUUGGAUCAUGGAUCCAUUGGCCCUGUGACGUCCUCGAGGGUUUCGGUGCCUACUUACGGCAUGACGAGAUUGGGGCUUCCCCCUUCAGUUCCGGAUUUGGUACACCUCGGGCCCUCACUGGCCGUGCACACGCUCGCCCGGCUUGGCCUCAGCCCACCGCUCUUUGGCUUGGCGUGUCCGGGAAUCUUAACGUUUGUGAUUGAUUUCGUGCAAACGGAGUCAUGUCCAUCUUCGCGUGGCUUUGCCCGAUUGGAUUCUGCACCUUUAGUCUAUGGCUUGACGUACUCAGGUUUGCUGCUGCCUGUGCCAGACUCGCUGCAGAUCGAGUUGUUGAUGCCACCGCAGAGCCCUGCUCGGUGUGAGCCCCCGAUCUUGGCAUACGGAACCAUGCGGCCCGACUUCUUUUCGUCACCCUUGGACUCUGCAUCUCUGGACGUGUCCGUGCUGCCACGAGGGUCCAUGCGUCCCGAGCCAGUAACGCUUCUUUUUGGCAUGUCCUGCUCAGAGCUUUUGAUGCUUACUUCAGACUUUGUAACGAUUGGCUUGAUGUCGCUGUUGCGAAACUUUGUUCAAGCUGGCCUUGCACUUUUGGUCGUGCUCGUUGCGCGCUUCGGUCCUUUCAUGUUGAUCUUUGAUGACAUGGCUCCUGGGCCAUCAUCUUCUUUGCGGCAGCUUGGCCGAGCAGGCUUCGUUCUGUUUGUCAUUUACAGAUCCCGCUUCGGCUUCGUCUUUCUUCUCUUUGAUGCAGCGCACGCCGAGCUCGUCUCGUCUGCUCGAUCUCUUGCCGAGCUUGGUUUCUCCUUCCCAGUCUGGGGAAUCAAUCGAAUGGACAGCCCCGUGCUGUCGUUCGACUUCUUGCAUUCGGGCCCGACACUCUUCCUGAGGAACAUGGCCCGCUGUGAAGUGCCGAUGCUGGUCUCCAGUCUUGGAAAGUUCGAAGUGUUGUCGUUGGUGGCCGACUUCUUGCAUCCAGGGUCGCUAAUGAUGGUUCGGGCUUCCGCCUGGCUUGAGUUCAUGUCUUCAGCAUCUGGAAUCACACGAGCAGGCUCCUUGUUUUCCCUUUGUGAUUGUGCUGACAUGGGCUUCCUGCCAUCUACACAGUCAGUGACAGUUCUUGGAAGUAUGCUAUUUGCGUUGGGCUUGUCGAAGCUCGGAUCGUCACCUCUUGCGCUAGACAUGGCCUCCCCGGACUCGUCUUUACUCACCCGCGGUGCUGCCCGUAUCGGCUUGCUUUCGCCACCACCCAGGAGAAUUAACCUGGAUAUGUCCAUGUUCGUGGUCGACUGGACAUUCCCCGGAGCCACGAUGCUUGCGCAAAGCCCGGCGCGUGUGGGCAGUGCCGUGCCUCUUUGCAGCUGCGGCCGUUUUGAUCCCCCGUCGUUGGCCACGGACCUCGUGAAACUGGGGCCUUCUGUUUCUGUAAAGAGCAAUGCCCCGCCGGGAGCCGCGAUCAUUGCUUUCGGCACAACUCGGCUGGGGCCCCCACUUGCUGCUUCUGACUAUGCCCGCCAUGGAUUGCUUCUGACUGUGCGGAGCUUGGUGUGCAUGGGACUGGCACUUUUGCCGUCCAGUUUGUCUCGAGUCGGUGUCUUCUUGCCGGCGUCUGACUUUGCCCAUGCUGGUGUUUUGCUGGUAGCCCGGUCUUCUUCUGAACUUGAUAGCCUCUUGCCGAUGUUCGGCAUUGUCAGGAUGGAGCUGUCGACAUUUUCAUCUGAUAGUCACUACUUUGGCUUGUCCUUGCCGAUGAGAUCUCGCGUUUGGUUGGAUUCCCUCCUGCUGGUCUACGGCUUGGCUUGCCUUGGCGCGUUGCCACCAGUACCAGACUUUAUCCAGACGGGCCUGUCACCUUUGCCAAGGCUCGAGCCGACACCCUUCGCCUUCGGCAAAGCUCGCUCUGAGCUUCUGGCGCCGGCUCUGGACUGUGUGAAUAUGGGCUCUGCUUCGUCCUCGCGUGCUCACACCUGGGCAGGGCUGAUGUUGCUCGCUUUUGGCGCAACGCGUCCAGAGAUUUUAACGGCCGUCCCUGACUCCGUGAAGCUGGAGCUUUCACCUCCAGCGCAGGGCAUUGCAGCGUCGGAGCUGAUGAUUUCACUCUCUGGGCAGCUCCGUUUGGGGCCUUCAACUCUCAUUCUAGAUGUCGCCCAGGUGGCCCCUUCCCCGUUGCUGAGGAGCAGAGCAUGGUUGGGAGCCACACCUCUUGCCUGUGGCUUUGCCAGGGUUGGCAGCUGCUUACCCUUGGUGGACACCUCUAGCCUGGACUCGAUGCUCUUACCGAAGAGCUUUGGCAGGCUUGGCCUCAUGCUGUCAGUUCUUACAGCUGCAAGGUGCAGUUCUGUCGCCAACGGACAGAUUGAGAUUUGGCUUGGUUUGGCCUAUGCUGGGAUGGCUAUGUCGGCUUUUGGCAUGGUGUGCAUGGGAGCCUUGACUUCCCUCUUUGACACUGCAAGGCCCUUCGCCUUUGCUGAGGGGCUGCGGCAGCUUGCCGGUGUCCGCACCGGAUUUCUUGCACCUGGGCCUUUUGCCUUCGAUCCGAAGCUUUGGAUGAUUGGGAACUCCUUUGCUGGCCAUGGGCUUGGCUUGAUCGGGCCUGCCGCCUCCAGAAGGCUCGAUGUUUUCCUGGCAGUCCUGGACCUUGCUUAUCUCGAUAGUUCAUCGACGGUGCGGAGUCCUGUUCGGAUGGAGCCGGCCAUGUUUGCUCUGGACUUCCUGGAGCCUGGCAGCUCGCUGCCUUUGCGCUCCCUCGCCAAGAUGGGUGUGGCUUCUCUUGCGUCCAGCUUGUGUCGCAUGGGCUUCUUCAUCUUUCUGUUGGACAUGGUCACUCCAGAACCUUCUUUGCCCACGAGGCGCCGCUACUUUGGUCUUGGGGGCCGUGAGGCCUGCUCCUGUUACUACAAAGUUCUGCUCGGCCCGAACUGCCUCAGCAUGCUGGUGCCUGACGCUGCUCUCUCAGAGUCCAUGCCUUUUGUGCGGAGCCCUUCGUGCUCAGAAUUCUCAGCUUCCACUCCGGAUUCUCUGCAAUCGGAGUUUGCAUUGCCUGUUCGAAGCUUUAGCAAGCUCGGCUCCAUGGUGUUGGUGCCAGACUUCCUAACACCGGGCUCGCCCACCUUGGUUCGUGGCCUUACCAGCUCUGAGCUCACUUCCUCACUUCGCAGCUUCGCACGGGCAGAGUUGGAAUUCCCCUUCUUUGGCCUAGUCCGUCCCGAAGCCUCUCCGUUAGCUUCUGACUUCGUGGGCUUGGGGUCCUUUCCGUCACCUCAGAGCCUCGCUAGAUCAGAGCCCGCGGCGCCAGCCUUGGACUCUUUGUCUCUGGGAUUUCCGUCGUCUCUGCGGUCAUCUGCCAGUCCUGGCUUGGCUUCCUCUGUUUUCGGGGGCUCCAGGUUAGGGCUUCCACCCUUGAUCCCUGAUUUCGCGAGCUUAGAGCCGACCUUGUCGAUGCAAAGUUUGGGUCGUUUGGGAUCGACGCCUUCGGCCUUUGGAGUGGGAAACCCCGGCUUCUUCACGCCCGUUUCGGAUGAGACCGCGUUGGAAGCGCUCUUGCCUGCCCGAAGCUUCGCAUGCCCGGGAACCGCCUUUCCGCUGUAUGGCAGGGCAUGCUUUGGAGCCUUGAUGCUUGUCCUUGACUCACUACAUCCCGGCUUUGGCGUGUCAGUGAGAAGCUCAGCUCGCUCAAGCUUCCCGGCUUCAAUCCUGGACCAUCUGCACAUCGAAGCCCUUCCUUCUUUGAAAUCCAUGGGUCGGCCAGGGUUGGCUUUGUUGGCUUCUGGAAAAACCAGCCUGGGCCUAGCUUCCUUCAUACUGGACACCGCCACUCUCGGCUUGCCCCCAGCUCUGCGCAGCUUUGCCAGAUCGGGCGCGGCUUCGUUCUUACCAGACCUUUUUCAGGUUGGCUUCUCAGCGUUUCUUCAUUGCUCUACACAAACGGGCUUCCCAUUCCCCAUAGCUUCGUGGUCACGAUUAGACCUCACCACGCUGGCGUCAGAUCCUACGCAGCUUGGCUUUUUUCUACCACUGCGCGGCUUCUCGCAUGUUGACCUCUUCCUAGCUGCAUGCGGGCAUGCUCGGCCAGGCCCUUCCGCGCCUUUGUCGGAGCAUGUUCAACUCGAGGUGUCUCCGUCUCUGAGGAGCUUCUGUCACACUGGCCCCAGGCUCUUGCUCCUUGACUGCGCUGUCAUCGGAUCGCUGAUGCUGUUGCAAGCCAUGUGCUACUUGGGCUUCGCGUUUCUUGUCUUCGGGCACAUGCAGUCAGGAAGCAUUGUGCUUCUUUUUGACAUGGCAGGUUUGGGAUCCACGAUGCUGGCCAAGAGUUUCAGCUGUCUGGGUUCCAAGUCUCCUGUCUUCGGACUGGCUCGAUCCGAGCUCACACCAUCUGCAGUCGACUCUGUUCACCUUGGCCCAACGCCCUUUAUGAGGAACUAUGCUCACCUCGGGGUACCUCCGCUUGCUUCCGACCUCCUUCAGAUAGAGCUGCCCAUGUCUUUGCACAGUAGGGCAUGCUUCGGCCCUGUCUUGUUCGUGUCUGGGGUGAUGCGCCUUGGAUCGACGUUGCCAAGUCCCGACUACGUGCACCCCGGCUCCUUCAUGUCGAUCAGGAGUUUCUCGAGACCGGGACUGGUGUUUUCGGCUCUUGAUCUCGCAAAGCUCGGCAGUCCGCCUUUGCCUCGGAGCUCUGCCAGAACGGGAAGCAUGAUGCUGUCGUUCAGUGCUGUUCGAAUGGAUGCGAGCACGCUGGUUUCGGACCCUCUCCACUCAGGCAGCCCGACCUCCUCACGAAGUGUGGCGCAGUUUGGUAGCUCAACAUCACCUUUCGGGAAGUUGCGGCUGGGCUCGUCUCUCUUGAGUUUGGACUUUGCAGAUCUCGGUUUACUGCUGCCUUCAAGAAGCCAUGGAUGCUUGGGCUCAAUGUUUCUGACUUCCGGCAAGAUGCGGCUCGGCCCUACGAUGCCAUCGCCGGACAUGAGCGAGACGGGCAGUCUGAUGUUCACCCGAGGUGCUGCCUUCCCAGAUCCGACACCGUCCUGCCUUGGCCUUGCGCGCUUUGGUCCUGUCACGUCGGCGUCGGACUUUCUUCGCUCAGGCUCGACUCCCUCGCCCCGAGGCGAAGCACAGCCGGGCCUUAUCUUUCCAGUCUUCCAAGCAUCACGACCGGAGCUCUCGCUCCCCACGCUGGAUAGGGUCCUCUCCGGUCCAACCGUAAGCUUGCGGUCCUCUGGAAGGCUGGGCUCGAUCCUUCUGGCGAUCAGCCGCGCAAGUCUUGAUUUUUCACUUGCGGCUUUGGACUCCGGCUCUUUCGGCUUUUCUCCGCUUGCACAGGGCUCCGCUUGCUCGGGGCUUCCCUUCUUGGUCUUUGGAGCCGCAAGGACGGAGCUGGCGUUCUUCACCUUGGAUUCCCCCGAGUUCGGGCCGCUGCUGCCCAUACGGUCCCGUGCCCGGUCGGGCUUGCCCUUUUCAACCUUUGGCCUCAGCAACUGUGGCUCGCUGAUGUUUCUGCUUGAUCUUGCGGCCAUGGGCUCCUCGAUGCUCGCUAGGUCUCUUGUGGGCUUAGAUAGCACUCCGGCUCUUUUUGGAAGGACUUGCUCCGGAGUCUCGAUGCCAGCCUUGGAUUCCCUUCACCUUGGCUCCGCCUGCCCUGCACGGAGCCAUUCGAGAUCCGGCCCCCGCCCAUUCAUCUGGGGUGUUGCAGAAUCUGGCGCGUCUUCGUCGGCACUGGAUCUGGCAAACACGGACUCCUCCCUGCCAGUGCGAAGCACGGCUUGCCCAGAGCUGUUCGCUUUCGUAAUCCAGCACAGCUCAUUUGACUCAACACCCUCUGCUUUUGAUGUGUCCGAACCAGGAUCCUUGCUGCUAGCCCGCAGCAUUGCAUGCCUGGACUCCCAUCCCUUUGCUUUUGGCACAGUCUGCCUUGAACUGACCCUACCUGUCUUCGCAUGUAUGGCGCUCGGAUCACUGCUGUCGCUGCGUGGCAGGGGGAGGCCUGGUGCUAUGCUGUUUGUGUCUGGAGAAAGUCGACUGGACCUUUCCUUGUCAGUUUAUGAACUCUCCAAUUCGGAUGCGUUUUUGUCGCUUCAGUCCUUCCAGAGGCUUGGCCCUACUCCUCUGCUCUUUGGCAGGGCUCUUGCUGACUCCUCCUCGCUCGUCUUGGACUCGGCUUACUUCGGAGCAAUUCCGCUUCCCAGGGAGUUUGGUCGACCCGGCCCACCCACGGCAACAUUCCAAUACUGCCGCUGUGGUCAAGGCGGACUUUCCGUCCUGGACUUCUUGCGGCCCGGGCCCAUCCUGCCCUUGCGAAGCUGCGCAUGCACGGAGAGCACGAUGCCCUUCUUUGGUCAGGUCUGCACGGAUUUGCCGGCUCUUGUGCCCGAUCAUUCAGGUAUGGAGUCGAUACCACCUGCCAGGGGCCGCGCAUGGCUGGGCUUCACGCUGCCAGCCUCCCACCUGGCCCGAACGGACCCGUUGAUGUCUGUUGCCGACUUCUUGAAUCUUGGAUUGCCAAUGCUGUUGAGGUCCCUCGCAUGCCUCGGCUUCGAAACUUCACCGAUCAGUCGUGGGCACUCGGGUGCUUCGCCAUCGGUCUUUGACAUGUCCGAGCCUGGUUUGCCCCUUUUGCUUCGUAGCCGCUUGCGCACGGGUACAGUGUUGUCGGCUUCCAGCUUGACACGGCCGGGUCCUCUUCCACCAGCCUUCGAUCGCGCAGCCCUGGGAUCUUUUCCGCUGUCGCAGGCCUCCGCUGGGCUUGGCUCCACACCCUCCCCCUUCUCUCUCGCAAGCUUAGAGACGCUGCUGCUGGCACUGGGUCUGCUUGAGACAGGGCCUUUAGCGCCUUCACGCAGCAUGGCAUGGCCAGGAUCAUGCUCGUCCGUGUUUUCCUACAGCGGUUUGGAGAGUUUUCUGUCUGUUCCAGACUUCGUACAUCUUGGCACAGUGUUGCCAGUGCAAUCCUUCAGCUGCCCAGGAGUGUCACUGCCAGCAUCGGAUGUGGCCAUCCCCGGCUUGCCGUUGUUGUUGCGGUCGAAGUCCCGACUGGGCUUGGCUUUCCCCACUUUCAGCUGCUCCAAGAUGGGAUUGUCUACGCCCACUAUGGACUUGACUCACCUCGGUUCAAUCUUUUCCGUGCGCAGUGUAGCACAAUUCGGCUUGUGCUCCUCGCCCUUUGGAUGUGCUUGUCCAGAAGCCAACAUGGCCGUGCAAAGCUUUGCCCGCACGGGCUUAGCUCCUUUGGCUUGCGGCCACGUCCGCUUGGGUUUCUUGCCCUCUGCAUCGGACUUUGUGGGCUUGGGUUCAGCAGCCCUGGCACGGAGCCUCGUCUGUCCCGAUCCAGCUGCGCCACUGAUGGACCCCCUUUCACUCGGAUUGUCGCCCUCCGUGCGCAGCAUUGGUCGUCUCGGGGCAAGUUUGUUCGUGACGGAUGUCUCCAGAUCCGAGUCUCUUCUGCUUGCGUCUGACCUUCUGCACAUGGGACCCUCUUGCUCAUUACAAAGCUUUUCCUGGGCCAGCAGCCGCCUUCCAGUUUUUGGCUUGCUUCGCUUCGCUUCCUUCACGCCCGUUUCGGACUUCUUGCAGCCAGGCUUCAGUAUGCUGUUGCGUAACCUUGCACGACCGACAUUGUCCUUCUCGGCAUUUGGCCUGGUGAACAUGGGCUUCUCGCUGUCGGUCACUGACAGUGUGCACCCCGGCCUGCCGCCUUUGCUCCAAUCUCCUAGCCGCCCAAGCCCGCCCUUGCCAACCUUCGCCGCCACGCGCUUGGGCUUUCCGACGCCACUCAGAGCUGUCGCUCAAUCUGGCCUGCCGGUGCCGUGCUUCAGCUGCGCUCGUUCUGGCCCAGUGCUGCCGUCUUUGGAUCUCCUCACAAUGGGCUUCCUUCUGUCCUCGCGAUCCACUGCGUGCCCGGGCUUUGCCUUCUUGUGUGAAGGUGCCUGGCGCCCGGAUGCAUCCACUUUUGUGUCAGACUCUGCAUACUUGGGCUCGCCGCCGUUUGCAAGACACGUGGCUUGCUCAGCCUUUUCGUCAGCUGUGUUCGGUCUCAGUCGUUCUGGCUCCAUUCCGCCCGUUCUCGACCCCCUCCGACUAGAUUUUGCAUCAUCCUCGCAUUCAUUGUCACGGUUUGGCCUGAGUCUCUUUGUGUAUAGCAACGUGAACUCUGGCUCGUCGUCGCUGGUGUCAGACCUUCUCCAUCCCGGAACGGUAAUACUGGUGCGCGGCCACGUCUGCUCAGAGUUUUUCGUUUCUACUUUGGAUGCCGGGCACAUUGGACCCUCGCCAGCGUUGCAAAGCCAUUCCUGUGCGGACGCCUCGACUGUGGCCGGAUCCUACGUCCGCCCUGGUGCUUCCCUCACGGCAUCGGACUCCGCAGUCAUGGGCCUUUUGGUUUCGCUGAGGAGCCUCUCGCGCUUGGAUGCGGCUACCUUUGUCCUGGACAGCUCCCACCCCGAUCCGACUCUGUUUUCGAGAAGUUUUCAGCAUCCUGGAAGUGGAUCCUCGGUCUUUGGGAGCCUCCGCCCUGGAUCAACACCGCUUGUGAUGGACACGGUGCGCUUGGGAUCCUCGCCGCUAGCCAAGAGCCCUGUGAGGAUGGAGACGCCGGUGUUUCCACUGGAUCGCCAACUUCCGGGACCGCAGAUGUCUGGCGCAAGUCUGUCUGCACUGGACGUGGUUGAGUUUGGAUUGCUGCCGUCAGUGCGUGGCUUUACAUGCUCGAACCCGGCUGGCUCCCUUCCUUUCGGCCAUCGGCAGGGCGAGCUCUGGCUUCUCGCUGCCCGCCCUGGCUUUGCGCCCUCCACCCUGGAGAUGGCUCGAUCGGAGUCUCCGCUGUUGGGUUCGACAACCCUUGUCCUGGAUUCCCAGCACUUCGGAGCCCCGCUGUCGGCGCGUCAGAUGCUGCGUCCGGGUCCAACGUCGUCGAUCGCUAGGGUCCUAGAAUGCGAUGCAUCCUUGCCCAUCUUGGACUUCACGGAACUCGAACUUCCAUCGCCAGCACGCGAGUCUGCAUGCUCUUCCUCAACCUCACCAGUGCUGGGCUGUGCAAGGCUGGGGGCACUGCCUCCUGUGGCGGAUGCUGCCGAAUUUGGUUCUGUACUGUUUCCCCGGACCUUCUCGCGCUCAGCAGCCACAUCGCUCGUUGCAGAUCGUGCAAAUCCGGCGCUGCUUUUGCUUGCCUUGGACUCCGUGUUUUCAGGCUUUCCGCUGCUCACGAGAAGCCAUGUGCGUCAUGGCUUGGCCCUGUCGGUGCUGGACUUUUUGCAUCUGGAUUUGGUGCUACUGCUGCAAGGACUCACUUGCGUGGGAUCGGCACUUCUCGUCUCUGGAAAAGUGACCGCGGACUCGCUGCUUUCUGUGCUGGACUCUCUGCGCCCUGGAAGCACGGCAUCGCUCCGCAGCGCUGCGCGCCCUGAUUUCGUGAUUUUGAUUCUCGACUCUGUGCACCUCGGCUCGCUGUUACUGCCUCGCUCGUCCGCAUGUCUGGGAGUACUGGUGUCUGCUGAGGGCAUGGUGUGUUGUGACAGCACGCCACCGGCUCUGGAUCCCCUCAGACCAGAGCUCUCCUUGCUUCUGCGACAGCUUGCCCAUCUUGACGAAACCUUCAGUGCUGAAGGGCUAGCGCGCUUUGGUAGCUUCAUGCUAGCCUCGGACUUCGGUGAGCUGGACUUCUCUGUGUUGCCAAGGCAGUACGCUUGCUUGGCCCUGACCUUGCUUAUCUUUGGGCAAGCCCGUUCAGAGCUCCCUCUGCCGGCGCCAGAGGUCACCGAGUUGGGGCCUCUGCCGUUGCUGCGAGCAUUCCUUCGCUUUGGACUAGGGCCGCCGGUCUUGGGAGGUCUCCGACCAGGGUUUCCACCUCUGGCUCCGGAUUUCGUGAGCUUGGGAAGCAUCCUUUUGCUCCGGAGCCUCUCUUGUUUGGAGGUCGCUCUACUUGUUUCGGACUUCUGCCAAGCUGGAUCUUUCUUGCCUUUGCAGCAUCUUGGGCAUCUGGGCGCGUUGCUCUCACUCUCCGGAAAAACCAGAUUCGGCUUCUCAGCUUCUGCAUUGGACCUCCUGCACUCGGGGUCCUCUGUGUCUUCGCAGAGUGUCUCGUGCGCAGCAGCGUCGCCACUCUUGCCGGGAGGUUCUCGCUUUGGACCACCCCUUCCAGUGUCGGACCUCCUGCACCCCGGCUUGCCGCCAUCUUCGCGAAGCUUCGGUCGCUUGGCUUCUGGGUCCCCUGUGUUCGGUUGUUCUCAGCCUGACGUUUCUCCAGCGGCACUUGACCCCCUUCACCUCGGGGCAGCGCUGCCUGUUCAAGGCUUUUGCCGCGCAGACUUUACUUCGUUCGUUGCUGGAUUGGCUCACGCGGCCCCGGCGCCGUCGACGCGAAGCCUCGUUCGACUUGGCCUUUCCCUGCCUCUGCUGGACCGCAUUGGCUUCGGUCCAUCCGUGUUUACGCGGCACUUCACUUGCUUGGACCUUGCCUUUUUGGCCGCAGGCAGUAGCCGCUCCGGCCCAUUGCUGCUACCAUCGGAACACGCGCUCUUAGAUUCGCUGACGUUUGUUCGAAGCCAUGUGCGCUCAGGACCCACCGUACCGGCCGUGGAAUCUUGUCGUGCAGGAGUGUUUCUGUCAAUGCGAAGCUUGUUGCGGUCCGAGCUGUUUACGCCUGUCUUCAAGUCGGCCCGGUUCGGGCUCCCGAUGUCACCGGUGGACUUUUUGCACCCGGGUGCUUCUCCCUCAGCACGUGCUGCGAUGCGCCCUGGAUCAUCCUUUCCGGUCAUGUCCAGUAGUCGACUCGGAAUCUCACCUCCCUCGCCUGACUAUGCAUGCCUGGGCCCCUUGAUGCUGUUGCGAUCUCAUGCGUGUCUGGAUGUCUUCUCUCCUGUGCUGUCCGAGUGCUGUUUGGGAGUGCCUCUGCCUCUGCGCACUCCUGCAUGCUUGGAUGUUGCGAUGUUAACCUUCCGGAUUUCUCGGUCAGAAACUUCCGUCUUUGUGCUGGAUGUGUCCAGCUCAGGUGCACACGGGUCUGCCUACGUCUUCGCGGAGUCCUUCGCGAUUAGGGGUGGCAUUGGCUUGCUUCUGUUUGCAACGGACUCCUUGCAUCCCGGACCCGGGCCACUGAUGCGGAGCCCUGCGCAGCUUGGCUGGAUUGUGCUGGCCUUGGAUUUCCUGAACCUAGAAAGCUUUAUGCCCCUGCGAUCCUAUAACUGCCUGGACAGCACCUCGUCAACUUUCGACUACCUGCAGACAGGGCUCCCGCUCCUUUCACGGAAGCUUGCUUGUGUCGGCCUGGCAGUGUUCUCGUCUGGAUGGUCCUGGCUUGAGCUCUUGUUGGCAAUGAUGGAUCCUGCAUGCCUGGGACUUGCGGCAGCAGCGCGAUCUCUUGUGCGGCCAGGCUUGGCCCUUUCAGUUCUGGAUCUCUUGCACCCUGGCUUUCUGUCACCGUUGCAUUCCCUGGCACGCGCUGACUCUGUGUUGUCCGUGCCGACAAGGGGGCUUCUUGGCUCGUCCAUGUUGGCGACGGACUUUGCUGUCCUGGGGUUGUCAUCUUCGAUCCGUACCACGGCUUGCUUCGGCCCUGCUGCGCCUCCUUUGGGUGAGUCGCGAUCCGGCUCGCUCCUUCUAGCAAUGGACCAUGUCAGGCUGGGUCCACUGUCAGCUUUGCGAAGCCCUGGUUACUCGGGGCUAUCCAUGACAGCUUCGGACCACACAAGGUCAGACUUCGCGCCUUCGUUACAAAGUGUAGGGCAGCCCGAGCUUGCUUUGCCGGUGUUGGACUCCUUGCACCCCGGUUUGUUCGCAUCACUUCGUUCCCCUUCUCGCACAGAGCUGACCCUGCCAGCAAUGGGCCGUACCAGGACAAGCGCUUCCUCACCCGUCUUGGACUUUACGAACUCAGAGCUCUCGGUUUUCUUACACUCUGUCGCCUGCCUUGACUCUGUGUUGCCGGCGCCGGACCUGGUGGAAUUGGAAGUGUUUUUGCCUUUACAGCAGCCUGCCUGCCUGGAGCCCAUGCUGUUCGUUUCAGGCUUGUCCCGAUCAGGCUUCGUGUUCACUCUCCCUGCAGCUCUCCUUCUUCCCGCAGCUAUGGUUGCUUGGGCCCAGCCGUCCCUGUCCCAGACUCCCUUCACCCGGGCUCACCACUCCGGUUUGAUGCUCUCGGUUUCGGACUAUGUCACACUGGGCUCAGCUCCUCCUUUGCGGAGCUCCUUGCAGCUUGACUUCUUGCUCUCUGUGACGGAUCGCGAGACUUUGGAGUCCCCUUUGUCCUUGAAGAGCCACUGCUGCCCAGAGCUUACAUUGCCGGCUUCGGGCCUGAACCGGACGGGCCCUGUUUUCUUCCUGCCUGUCAUCCAAGCAGCUUGCCUAGACUUCGCGCUUCCACUACGAUCCUCCGCAAAGUCGGAAGUUACAUCCUCGGCCCCGGACUUUGUCAAGCUUGAACCCACCAUGCCUCUAAGGUCCUUCGGCCGCCCUGGGGUGUCCACGUCCGCCUGUGCCUGGGCUAGCCUCGGCUCCAGUUUGUUCGCGCUGGAUUCGGUGAAUCCGGGAGUUGCUUCGUUUGCAAAGUCAUCUGUUCGCCUUGGGCUUUCAUCGCCCGUCUUGGACUUCGUCAGACCGGGCUCCCUCAUGUCCCCACAAAGUCUUGGAGUCUUGGGGCCGUCCUUCCUGGCUUUCGGAAAGUCGCGCUUAGGUUCCCCUUCGUCGCUUUCGGACAUGGCAAGCCUCGGUGCACUUCUGCCACCACAGAGCCACAGCUGCCUGGGCCUGGUGCCUUCAACACCGGAUCUCGCGAGAUCAGAGCUGAACCUUUCGAUCCGGCAUGUGACGCGCCUGGGGCCGACCCCGGUGGCAUCUUCCAGGACAAGUCUUGGACUGCUCCUGUCGGCAUCGGACUUUCUGCACUUGGGACCUUCAUCGUCGCCCAGGAGUAUCGGAUACUUGGGAGCUGCGCUGCUGGCUUUGGAUCCCUUGCACUUGGGACCAAAUCCUUCGACAAGAUCCCCCACGCGACUUGGCAUCACUCCUUUCCUAUGCGGCAGCGGAUGGUCUGGCUCAAGUCUCUCUGUUCUUGACCUCCUGCACCCCGAUUUGUCUCCAUCCGCCCGGAGCUUCUGCAAACUUGAUCUGACACUUUCUGCCUUGGACCUUCUGAAGCCAGGCCUCUCCUCGUCCCCAAGGAGUGGGAUUUGCCUUGGCCUCUCGGUGACGGCUUCCGGUGUGGCUUGCGUUGAGCUGGCUGCUUUGGCGCUCGACUCUGCAUACUCGGGGCCUCCUCUCUCUGUCCAAAGCCUCGCUUGGCCGGGUACCCUUGCACUUGCUUUCAGAUCCGUGCAAUUGGCUUCAUUGACGCUGCCUCGAAGUCCCUGCUGCAUGGACGUUGCUCUGCUGGCAUCGGACUUCUUGCAUCCAGGACCCGCCCAGGACUAUCGUUGCCUGUUCUUGACUUCUUGGACCCUGGUGCUUCGUCGUCUUCAAGGCGCCACUGCGCCGGUGUCCGGACUAAGUCGAACUGGAAGUGUAUUCUCCCUUUCCGUGAUAGCGGCAGUACACUUCGGCUUGAGCUUACCGCCGCGCAGCUCCUCCCAAGUGGACCCCAUUCCGUUCGCACUCGACUUCUUGAAUCCGGGCGCCGGACGAUGCGGUGCUUUGCCUCUCGUUCUGGACUUCACGAACCCGUCCCUCGGCCAUGCUGAGCCUUUGUCAUCAGCCAUUAGCUUCGUCUGCCUCGAAGUGUUGUCGCUUGCUUUGGACUGUGUCGAUCCAGAUCCGGCCGUCUUUGUGCGCAGUUCUGUUUGCCUUGAGCUGCCCCUGUCAGUGUUGGACUUGCUGAAUCUUGGCAGUUUCUCGUCAACUCGAUCGCCCCUUCGCUUCGGCUUUACAAUGCCCCCUUGUGGACAGGCUUGCUCGGAUGUUUCACUGCCUUUGCCGGAGCACGUAAGUCCAGGCUUUCCGGCGGCUCUGCGAAGCUCUGGGCAACUCGGAGUCCUUUUGCUUGUCCUGGAUCCUCUCAGACCCGGGUUGGCCAUGCUUUUGAAGAGCUCCGCACACCUGGGCUCUUCCACGCCGCCCUCGGGCAUCGGACGAUCCGGCUUUCCUCUACCUGCUUCGGAUCUCGCCCAUCUCGAGCCCUUUUUGCCUGUCAGGUCCUCGGCCCAGGUGGACCCCUCACCGCUUGCAACGGACUUCCUCAACUUAGGGCCGUUGCUGCCAGCUCGAAGUGCGACUCGCUCCGGUUCAGCCAUGCUUGCACCGGAUCUCCUCACUCUUGGCUUCUUGCUGCUCCUACGCUGUCUCGCAUGUUUGGGUCCCAUCUUGUCGGCCUCGCAGAGAGGUGCUUUAGGCUCUUCGGCCUCUGUGCCAGACCCCCUUCAUCUUGGAUUCUCCUUUUCUUCGCGAUCCCUGGGCAGAUCUGAGCCGAUGUCGUCUCUCCCGGGGUGCACCCGUCUCGAAGUCUUUCUUCCUGUGUCGGAACAUGUGCUUCUAGGCUCCGUGCUGCUGCCACGGUCUACGUCGCACUUGGACAGCUGCCCUUCAGUGCUUGACCUCGCUCAGCCUGGCAGCUUGCUUCUGCCUCAGGGUCCCGGCCGGAUAGCUUCUGUUAUGUCAGUCACGGGAAGCUGCAGACCGGGGCUCAUGGCUUCGGUUCUGGAUCAUGCUUUCUUGGACGCUGCUCUGCCGCUCAGGAGCCUUUCCUGCCCGGGUGCCCUGCCUUUUGCCCUGGACUUUUCGAACACGGGCCCAAGCGUGCUGCUGCGAAGCUCCACACAAUCGGGCCCGUCUCCUUCGGUGCUGGACCCUCUUCGGACAGGAGUGUCUCCUUCGAUGCAAGAUCCCAUGCGUCUUGAGCUGCCGCCCCCAGUCCUGGGAUCGUCCCGGUGUGGCCCCGUGUUCCCGCUGCCAGUCACAAGCUUUGCGAGAUCCGAGAGUCCCCUCUUCGUGCGAAGCUCGGCCAAAGUGGAGUUUCCCUUGCUGGCACCUGAUUAUUUGAACCUCGGGUUUUUGCUGCCUCUCAGGUCGUUUGUCUUCGGAUUAGUGUGCCCUGGUCUUUCCACCUCGCUCUUAGACUGCGCGACUGCCGGGCCAUUGUUGUUGAUGCGCUCGUUUAGUCACUUGGGGCUACCUCUGUCUGCAUUGGACUCUUUGAGAAUGGGUCUGCUUCUGUCUCUGCGACAGCUUGCGCAACUGGGCAGCUUGUCGCUGGUGUCUGGUGCGGCCCGUCUCGAAGUCAGCACGUUGAUUCUAGAUUUUGCCGCGUUAGGCCUGGCAGUGCUUUUGCGGAGCUUUUCGCGAGCUGACAGCAACCUGCCAGCUUUGGACCUCCUCCAACUUGGCUUCUUCUCAUCUCCUCGAAUGCACAUGUGCUCGGGGUCGCCGUUCCCGGUCUCUGGUCGUGUUCAGAUGGCUCUGUCAUUGUUGGCUCCCGAUCGCGUCUUGACGGGUUCCGCGAUGUCUACUAGGCAGCUCGCUCGUUCGGGGCCCUUGGCUUUGGCUUCGGAUUCUGUGGAAACGGAUCCUUCAAUGUCCAUCAGGAAGGGCGGGACCUGCGCUGUUGAUCUUGGACUUUCUGAGUCCUGGCCUAUCCUUGCCUGUGCAAAGUUCUGCCACUGCAGGCUUCGCCCUGUUCGUGGUCGACCUUUUGCAUCUUGGCUUUUCCACCUCAUCGAGGUCACCGGCCAGACCAGGACUGCACUCGAUUCCACGCGAUUUGGGCCGUCGGUGCUCCUGCGGAGCUACCGUCGUGCAGGCCUGGCACUCCCAUUGUCAGGAGAAUGCAGGUCAGAGCUGUCUCUUCCAUUGCGAAGCGCCUGUCAUCUUGGAAGUGUGUCGUUGGCCCCGGACUCCCUUCACCUGGGUCCGACUGCGUCGCUUCGAGGCUUCGGUCACCUGGCAAUCUCUGCCUCGGUGCCGACUUGUGCCCGUUCCGGUUUCCUCUCGCCAACACUGGAUUUUACUCAAGUCGCGUCCUUGUCAUCACCGCAAAGUCCCGGCCGAUCGGGGUCGCCGUCGCCGGCUCCUGACCUUUUGAAGUCGGGCUUCGUGUUGCCUUCGCGCUCCUCUUGCCGACCAGGGCCCUUGGUGCUUUCGCCAGACAGUGGGCGCUCAGGGUUCAUCCUGCUGAUCUUGGAUCAUGUGCAUCCCGGCAGUGCAGCGUUUCCCAGAAGUUUCGCUUGGUCGGAGGCUUCGGCGUCAGUUUCAGACUUCCUGAGCUUGGGCAGCGCGCUGCUGGCUCGCUCUCUAACUCGCACGGGACCCGCCCUUUCGGCGACGGACUCUCUCCGCCUGGACUUGGCGACAUCUCUGCGCAGUUUUGCCUGCAUCGCACCCUUACCGCUGAUGUUUGGCUUCGGAAGCUCGGGCCUGAGUUUGUUGAUUUUGGAUGCCACCAGCCCAGAGAGCCCUUUGUCGACUCGGAGUCUCACCAAGUUGGAUGCGCUUUCGCCGAUCCCCGACUUUGCUCACAUGGGCCUGCUUCUGCCUGCUAGAGCCUGCGCGAGGCUUGGCUUUCCCCUAGCUACCUUGGACUGCUUGCAUCUUGACUUCUUGCUUCUGCUUCGAAGCCCCAGCCGCGUGGAUCCGGCCUCACCAGCCUCCGGCCGGCUGCAGCUUGGAUUCUUGAUGCCAGUCCCCGACAUGCUGCAUUUAGAAUUCACGGCGCUGCUCAGAAGCCCCACAUGUCUCGAGUCUGCCCCAUCUGUACUGGACCCCCUGCAUCCUGAUUCCUCAUGCUUGUCACAAAGUCUUGCUCACGCCGAGCCGGUAUUGCCAGUGAUGUCCCGUGCUCGUCCCGGUCUGAUGAUGACAUCGCCAGAUCCUGCCCAGCUUGACACUUUCAUUCCAGCUAGAGGCCUUACAUGUCCAGAGCUGUCUUUGUCUGCCCUGGACCUUUUGCAGCUCGAGUUCACCACGCUUGUGAGAGCUUUUGCGCGCUUCGGGCUUGCAUCGCUGCCGAGAAUGCUUGCACAGAUGGGGUUGUGCUCCUCCGCAUGCGGCCUUUCCCGACCAGCCCUGUCGCCCUUUGUGUCGGACUUUGCAGAGUCAGGUUCCUUCAUGCUGGCCCGAAGCCAUGCCCGAACGGGCUCUGCUCUGUUGAUCCUGGACUCUCUGGAACUUGGCUUCUUGCUUCUGCUCAGAUCUACAACCUGCUCUGGCCCACCCUUUCCGACUCCUGGCUUGACGUGGCCGGGCCUGUUCUUGCCGGUUCUGGACAGCAGCUUGUUCGGUCCGCCAAUUUCCGUGCAAUCUUCCUUCUGCCUCGGGUCAGCCUCCUUGGCAUCGGACAUGUUGCAUCUUGGCUUUUCCGCGCCACCGCGCAGUUUCGGAUGA